AUGCAGAUCGAGAUCCAGAGCGUUGAACGAGCGGGUUCGGACUGCAGACGAAAUCGUGUCUGUGUAUCUCUGGGAAGUUCUGGAACGAAGGGAGAUGGCAAAGUGGAAGGCGUGGACGGACUCAACUUGGACAGGUGUGAGCGGUGGCUGCUGCUUCCGUUAUUCGAAAUGGUGUCAUGGACAACUCAGUACUUCAAGUGUGCAGCACUCGUUGGAUUCUGGCACAGUACUGCCGAGUACAUGUUGAAGCUCAAGGAUCAGCAAAUCAACUCAGUGUGCCCGGUCGUCUAUCAUGCAGAAGACCAAUACACGCCUCCAUUGUCAGGAUGCAGUACGGUUGUUCCGCUUUCAUUGCAAGCUACUUGCUCCCGACUACGGAAAUUGGAGUAG